AUGGAGUUCACAAGGCGUUACCUACCUAUGGAAUGGGAGGAGCGGUGGAGAAAAGAGAAAGAGCGACGGAAAAUGGUGAUGGAAGAAGGAGGGGAGAGGGUUGAGGAGGAGAACAGGAGGUUACAAUGGAUAAAGGCAUACAAUGACUGCAGAAUUGGGGUAAUAAAGAAGGAGCAGCCAGAGAACUCAAACAGUGAGAUAUUAAAGAUGGAAAAUGAAAAUCAGUGGAAUAAAAAGCAGGAGACUAAAAGAUUUAGCAGAGAUACUUACCCAACUGAAAUCUCCCAAGCUAUGGAGGAAAUGAAGCACUGCUCUAUUCUUACUGACUUGACCCUGAUUACCAAGAAUGGAGAAAAUGUCUAUGCCCACUCUCUAGUAUUGGCUGCAGUGAGCUCAGUCAUCCAGCGGUUACUCUGUAAGAAAGAUGCGAAGAAAGAAACUGAGAUAGUUUUGCAUUUGGAUCCUGAAGUAUCUGAUUUGGGAAUAUCUGCAGUCCUGGAGUUUGCCUACACUGGAACCAUCACUGGUUUGAACAGACAACCUUUGGAUGAGAUUCAGACGGCCGCUAAGUGUCUGGUAGCGCCCCAGAUUGUGGAGCUCUGCAGAAAAACAGAGGAGAGAAAGAAAAAUACAGAUGAACAGAAAAAAAUACUGGAUAAGAGCAGAAUUCCAGAUGAAGAACAGAUGAAUGCCAAUCUGCAGUCUAUGAGAAAGUUGUGGGAAGAAAGAGUUGGCUGUGAUGUAAAGCUGGAGGCUGAAGAAAGAAUAUUUCAUGCUCAUAGAGUCAUCCUGAGUGCCAACAGUGACUACUUUCGUGCCAUGUUUAGCAGCGGUAUGAGAGAAAGCAAACAAUCCUCGGUGUCCCUGCUAUUCAUUGGAGCAUCGGAACUUGAAGCCCUUCUACACUACUGCUACACUGGAGACCUUUUUCUUGACUGGGGUUGCAUUUUUGACAUCACCUCCACUGCCCUUCAGUUCCAGUUCCUCCCUGUUCUCUCACUUUGCCUCAGCUACAUGCAGAACCAAAUCAAUAUUUACAACUGUCUGGAUGUAGUUCAAUUUGCAGAAGCUUAUAUGCUUAAGGACUUGUUCGAUAUGGCAGAAGACUUUAUCCAUAUACACUUCCAGGAGGUUGUUGGCACUCCAGUGUUCCUGGAGCUACCAGCCCAAAAGCUGUUGGAUCUGCUUAGCCAUGAUUCCUUGUGUGUUACAUCCGAGCUGGCAGUGUUCCGAGCGGUGGUAGCAUGGAUUGAGGCAGAUCUGGUCCAGAGGUUACCUAUGGCCCAGAAGGUCAUGGAAGUGGUACGCUUCCCACUCAUGACCUUCCGGGAGUUUCGCGAGGUUCGGGCUAUUAACCUGCAGAUGGAAUGCCAUGGUGAUGAAUUGUGUCUGUACAGCUCAGCACUUAAAGAAUUUGGGUUUGGAAGUCCAGAAGUUCACCCUCGCAUACACUACCCCAAGGAUGUCCUUGUUGUUGUGGGAGGUGAUCAGGCAAAUCUAGACAAUGGCAUGCGUCUUCCAAGCAAGCAGCUGUGGUUUGCUAAUUCUCUGUGUAAUGGCACAGGAAUGGUUAAGAAUACAGAGUGGAGGAUGUUAGGAGAAAUGCCAGAUAAAGUCAGGUUCAGACAUGGAGUAGGCGUAAUUGAUGGGAAGCUCUAUGUAGCAGGAGGCUGCCACUACUACGCUGAAAAAAACACAAUGAAAUCUGCAUACAGGUAUGAUCCUUCAAAGAACUUGUGGAAGAAAUUGUCUGAUAUGCAGGAGUACAGGAGUAACUUUAUAAUGGUGGUAAGAGGUGACCAUCUGUAUGCUAUUGGGGGAGACAAAGAGCUCAACACCAACCUGGACAGUGUGGAAAAGUACUCACCCGACACUGACACAUGGAGCUUUACACAUCUGCUGGACCAGCCUUUGAGUGGCCAUGCUGCUGUGGUCUGGGACGGAGAGAUUUUUAUCUCUGGAGGUUUUAACUGCAAGUUCCAGUGCCUGGUAUCCAUGUUUCUGUACCAUCCAGAACAAGGUACUACAUAUCUAGCUGACAUGACUCAUGAUCGAGCUCAGCACUGCAUGGAAACCUUGGCUGACCGCUUCUACGUUGCUGGAGGUGUAAGUAACUUCGAAAAGUUCUACACUGAUCAAUUAUCCUGUGAAAGCUAUGAUCCUAUUAGUGACUCCUGGACUGCAUUUACUCCUCUUCCCCUGUCUCAUGUCGGUGGAGCCUCAGCUGUCCAGGAGGAGAAGUUCUAUAUUCUGGGUGGUUAUUGUCAAGAAGAUUAUAGUGAGAACAGACUGAUACAUCGCUACAACCCUGGAACUCAGAGAUGGGAGACUAUGGGCAAACUGGCUGGCCCAGUCACAGACAUUCGGGGUUGUUUACUUCAUAUAUCUGAUCAUCUGAGAAAGUAAGAAAGACAGAAAUGUUUAACCCCUUAAAUUUGUAGUAUUUGUAGUCUAUGUUGUGCUAAAGAGACUCUUGACAUAAUCCAGAUCAUUUGCUAAUUUGGCUGUGUCACAAAUCACAUGCAAAAAUAGUAAAAGUGUGUCAGAAAAGUAAAAUAACAGUGGUUUUGUUGGUUUUUUGACACACUAUAUGCUCUGUAGUAUAUACUCUGGAAAAAUUAGCAUUUAGCUAACAACUGCCAAUUACUAAGCCUCACAAAUUCAUAUUAUUCUCUAAUAAUCUAAACAGGUU